GUGUGUGGCGAACCGUGUUGGACGAAACGGAGAAACUGGGGAAGGCGAGAUUGGCUGCAGUCGAGGUGUUUCAACAGAAUAUUGCAGAAGAUGCAAAACAAACGCGGUCGAAUAAAAUCCAUUUAGGGAAAAAGCUUUCGGAACAGCUGAAAGUCAUACAGAACGAACUCCAGACCCAAGUGCAAGACCUCGACAGAACGAAGAAGGUCUAUUACGAAGAGGAGCACGUGGCCCACGACGCGAGGGAGAAGGCGAGCGCGGCGGAGGAAAAACUCAAGAGAAAAAAGGGUUCGAUAUUCCAGUCUAUACAGUCGCUACAGAAGAACAGCGCAAAGUUUUCAGCAAAACGUGAUAUCUGCGACGAGAAAUCAGCCGGCGCCCGCAAUGACUACCUUCUGGCACUCACGGCCGCCAACACCCACCAAAGACGCUACUAUGAGAUCGACUUCGAAAGAGUUCUCCGGACAAUGGAGUGUGACAUGUACGACAAGGUGGCCGGUUACCUGACCCUCAUGAGCCGGACAGAACUGCUUACCUGUUCGGCUUCACAGGUCUCCUAUACAAGGAUCCGAGAGCAGGCUAGCACGAUUACCCGAGGCUACAACCUGCGCUGCUACCUCACCUUCUACCCUAUGCUGGGCCAGAAUAUCAAUUACGAUUAUGAACCUUGCGAGGGAGACAAAAUAGACAAGCUUGUGGUUCAUGACGAGACCUGUCAGGGUAUCUUGGACAAUGAGAGCAAGAAAGCGGUAGCCGUUAUACAGAAGGAGACGAAGUUAAUCCGCGACGUGACCAAGAAACUCCAGAAGGUGCAGGCGACGAUCAAGACGGAGGCUGACCUCACUCCGGACGUGGAGGCCAAGGUGGACGAGCUGAGGAACAUUAUCCGGAAGGCGGAGACGAACAAGUGCAAGGCGGAGGCCAAGUUGGAGCUGCUCAAGGAAGGGGGAAUUGAGAUCGAGGACUACUCCAAGAGCCUGGACAGCGACAGCCUCGGCGUGGACCUCGACGUCUCCCUCAGUCGGUCUGGGUCGUCGCUCUCCGUCAGAGAAGAGAUCGAAGGCGCCCCGACCGAAUAUGAGAACGAACAGCAGGAUUCAGACGCCAUGGCCACAUCCACAACAGAACCUCUCUCUAUAGACUCAGAGAAAGAAGAUAUUGUACAACAACCACAACAACAACAACAACAACCCGAAGAAGCCAAACUGGAGCCAACCAUGUGGGGACCAAAUAAACGUGGACUGGGGAGACCCCCCGUGUCCCCCUCCCCCGGUGACCAAUGGCCCCCCGAGGAACCAGGAACAUACCCCAAGUGCAUUGUGCUUUACAACUACACUGCCCAAAACCCUGACGAACUCAGUAUUAUCGAGAACGAGGAGCUGGAACUUCUGGGAGAAGGAGACGGCGACGGUUGGGUCAAGGCGAGGAACUACAAGGGAGAGGUGGGCUACAUCCCCCAGAACUACAUCGAGGAGGAGGAGAGUGGGUCGGCGCCCCCCAGCAGCCCGACUUCGCCACCUUCCCCGAAACGACCCCCCCGCGCGACCACCAAACCGGAGGGCACGCAGCGGGGCAUGUCCUUCUCCCUCAGUGGAAUACAACCUGGAGGAACGACAUUUCCUAGUGAAUCAGAAUGUAAUCAUGCUGUUUCCUUGCUAGAAUACGAGGUCAAGUCAGCCUCAUGUACCAGAUAUGAUGUACCUCAUAAAGUUGUCUUCCCCAAUACCUCCGGUGCUGAGGAAUACCCUGCCACGGAGGACUUCCCCAGCGAGCCCCCCCCUGACCUACCCCCACCGCGCCCCCUGCCGACGCCCUGGAGAAGGUCCCUGUCAACUUGCCGACUUUGUCCCUGCCGGUCGAUUCCUCCUCCUCGCAUGGGCGUGAGUAAAGAGGGAUUGUGGUUGUUUGGUUGUGGUAGGAAUUGUGUCGCCGAGUACUGCAUCGCCGUGUACGACUACGAGGCGACGUGCCCUGAGGAGAUCACCUUCUUCGAGGGUCAGCUGAUCAAGAUCCUGAAGCGAGCCGUGCACGAUGUGGAUGACGGGUGGUGGGAGGGCGAGGUGGAUGGCCAGGUGGGGCUCUUCCCCUCCCUGGUGGUGGAGGAGUGCCGAUCCGACGGAGAACCACUCACGCCUGAUGUAACCUCGCCCUGCACGACCCCGCCCCCCCACACGCCCCCCGAGGUCCCCGGCUUCCUCCUGCCGCCCGAACGCGUUAUCAUCACCCAGCCGACGCCCGAGGUGGAGACCGCGGCGGAGGCGACUGAGAAGCCCGAGGAACCGGCGAAAGAAGCAUCUUCGAACUUCGACCAACCCAACUUCGAGCUGGAGCUGAGCGGGACACAGCAGGAGCUCUACUCGCGACAGUUCAGCUCUUCUCCCGAAAGCGAAACGACUGAAAAGGACCAACAAUACGCGGAGUUGGUCUCGAGCCCUGAUGUCUCCAACCAGGAGGAGUCAAGUAAGAAGGGGAAGGAAGGAGGCAGCGGACCCCCUGUGGACUCUAAACCUCCAGGUGGAAAAGAUGACGGUCUGGGCGUGGCGCAGAUCAUCAUCACGGCCGCCACGCCCAUGGUGGAGAGCCACGAGGAGGAGCUCGGGGCCGCCGGGGAGGACUCGAGAGCGGAGGCCGACCAGGACCCUUCGGAGGCGCACCACCCCGAGGCCGAGCGAUCCGAGUGCGAGGGCGAGGCGGUGCUGCUCGACGACGAGGGCCGCCAGCCGCCUCCCCCGCCCGCGCCCGAAGGCCCCCGGGAGAUGAGGGCGGAGCCGGAGGCGCAGCAGAAGGCGCAGCAGGGGGCGGAGCAGGGGGCCGAGGGGGCGGACUCGCCGUCGCCGAAGUCGCCGAGCCCGAGCGACGGCCCGCCGGACCUCGACCCCGAGAAACUCAAGGCCUUAGAGAGAAUCAAGGAAUCCAAUGCUUAGUGACGGGCGCGCGCGCGGGCGGGCGGGCGGGUCGCGGGCGCCGGCGGCCUGCCAAGUGACUUUGUUGUAUUUGUAGAUAUGUUAAGGAGUUAGACAGAUCAUGAUAUGUCAGAGCAUAAAGACAUUAUUUGUUGUGUCGACUGAAGUGGUGGCGUGUACGUCUUUCACAUUUAUAGUGUCUCAAAAUCUUAACA